UCAAUGAAAAACAAAGUCACGGACAAACACUCGGUAGAUUUUUGAGAAGUUCAAAGAAAGGACAUCCACAAAUCCAUACACAAAUUGUUGAGAAUUAGAAAUAUUAUUAAUAUAUAUAGAGAAGAAGCCAAAACAAGAAAAUAAAAACAAAGCCGUAGACCACGCCCUCUACACAAAUUGUGGUGGAGAUUCACUUCUACCAUUCUCUCACCACAGUAACACACACACACACACACACACACACACACACCGACUGUAGUGUGUGCAUACAACAACUGAAUAAGACCCAACAGCUAGUACACAUGUUCCCACUUAUUAUUGCCCCUCCUUCCAUCAUCAAGCUAAGAAGAAAAUCUCAAUAAUAUAUAUUUUCCACAUUUAUUUCUUCCUCCGAAGCCGAAUAUACAUACAGGAGUCAAUAUCAGUACUAAUUAACCUGCAAAUAUUCCAUUACACUCGUUCUCGAUUAUUAUCGUCCGCCUUAAUUAUCUAUACAUCUAGUCACGUGAUUGAUUGAGUAAUUGAUACAUAUAAUAUAGAUAAUGGUUGCUGCUGUGUCCAACAACAAUGAAAGGGAAAUCCAAAUUCCAUACGAUUUCUUAAUGGAAGGGAUUAAUGAUGAUUAUCCUCCUGAUGGUUUCAGUAAUAACUUUCUUGACAGCAUUGAUUUUGAUGAGCUCUUCAUGGGAAUAGGAGACGACGACGUUUUACCAGAUUUGGAGACGGAUCAAUCUCAUCAUCACAUUCUUGUUUCUGACUUCUCAGUUACUAGCAAUGAAUGCAGUGAUGAUUCUGACACAAACAACAACAACAACAACAACAACAACAACAACAACAACAACGUUGGUGUAUCCUACACCAUAGCAAGUAGUAGUAGUAAUGAAAUGUUGGGUGAAGAAGAUCAGGCGCCACUUUCUCCGGAAACUAUUAAGAGUAAAAAAUCUUCUUCUUCGGCUCAUCACAGAUCUAAGAAUCCCACCGGGAAGAAGAAACCAAAGGUGGAUUGGACGGCAGAACUGCAUAAGAGGUUUGUGAAAGUAGUGGAGCAAUUAGGGGUGGAUAAGGCAGUACCAUCCAGGAUUCUUGAGCUUAUGGGUAUCGAUUGCCUCACUCGCCAUAACAUUGCCAGCCAUCUUCAAAAAUAUAGAUCACAUCGGAAACAUUUGCUAGCACGAGAAGCGGAGGCGGCAAGCUGGAGUCAGAGGCGGCAGAUGUACGGAACAGAGAAGAGAUCGAUGGUUAAUAAUCAAUUGCAUCCUAAUUGGAAUAAUAUUGCACCCUCUUAUAACACGGGAUUUCCUCCGGCCACACCGCUAAUGCCGCCUCAUUUAGUUAGACCGUUACACGUAUGGGGUCAUCCAUCUAUUGACCAAUCAUUGAUGCACAUGUGGCACAAACACCCUCCGCCACCACCAUGGCAGCUGGCUCCUCAUCAUCCUCUUCCACCCGACCCUUCUUUUUGGCACCAAUAUGUUCAAAAUGCAGCGGGAACACCUUGCAGCUUUCCGAUGCAUUUGCCACAAACCGUGAUAACAAAACCUUCUCUUAAGUCGCCGUUAAUUCCAGCAGCUCCGGGCAAAGUAGUAGAGGCUGACCUUUGUAUAGAUGGAGCUGGACAAAAACUUACCCAACCACCACUUUCCGAUGUUCACCCAUCAAAGGAAAGGAUAGAUGCAGCUAUUGGGGACGUUAUAGCAAAGCCAUGGCUGCCACUGCCACUUGGACUGAAGCCCCCAUCCAUGGAUAGUGUUAUCGUUGAAUUAAGGCGUCAAGGUAUCCCAAAAAUACCUCCAUCGUCUACUUCUCCUUAAUCAACAGCACCCCUGCUGCUUCUUUCCGACUAGAAAUCACCAAAUUUGACGACAUUUCCAGGCAACCAGCGAAAACGCAUGUGCCUAUUUUUUUCUUAAAUUGUUGCCCCUUGUUCUUAUUUCCUUGUGUACAAGAACAAUGUAUAUUAAUUAUCAUGAACAUUGGACAUUAUUUUUUUUUAAUGUGAUGAUUCAUAAAUAUAGAGUGCUUCAAC